AUGUCACAUCUCAAUCAUUUAGAAGAAACAUUAUCAGAACAACCAUUAACAUCACUUUCAUUAACACAUGUAGAAUUUGAUCCAAAUGACCCACUUUCAUAUGCCUUUGCAUAUGUGACAUUAUCUCCUUUAGUUAUAGUAAUAAGUUAUAUUAGUACUAUUAUUGCCAGGAGAGAAUUAAUGAUGAUUAAUAUGUUUUUGGGUCAAUUAUCUUGUGAAAUAUUAAAUUCCGGGUUGAAAAAAUGGAUAAAAGAAAAAAGACCUAGUGAUAAAAUUGGUAUAGGAUAUGGAAUGCCUUCUUCCCAUGCCCAAUUUAUUGCUUAUUUUACAAUUUUUUCUAGUAUUUAUUUAUGGUACAAAAUCACCUUUCGUAAUAAUUUAUGGAAACUUCCAUUAACCUUUGGGUUGAUUAUAUUUUCGUUUUUAGUUUCUUAUUCAAGGAUAUAUUUACAUUAUCAUACAACGAAACAAGUAAUUGUAGGCAAUAUAUUUGGUGGGACGUUUGCAAUAUUUUGGUACCUUUUAAUAGAAAAAUUAAUCAGACCUUUGGGUAUAUUUAAAACGAUUAUUUAUUCUCCUAUUGCUAAAUAUUUUUAUCUAAAAGAUAAUACUUUUGCUAAAGAUAUCAUUAGAGUUGAGUACUUGAAUUGGUUAGCUUUAAAUAGAGAAAAAGAAGAAUGA